AUGAUCCAAGGGCAACGCUUACCAGUGCGUCGGAACCAGGCCCGAAGGAGAAUAAAAAGGACCCUAGUUCGCCAUGGCGUGGACUUUGACCCGUACCCGCGUCUCGAUCAGCAUCAAGAUGAUAUCCUCUGUGACCUUGAGAUGACUCGGUCCGUCCCUCUGCCCGACAACAAGGAUCAUCCCAGCAGCGUACGACGAAGCUUGACCGACGCUACAGGAGCAUCUGCAUCUGCGCACAGCAAACGCUAUAGGUCCACUACUACCAUGACUCCAGAACAGCUUGCGCGGAAGCGGGCCAACGACCGCAACGCUCAAAGAGCCAUUCGCACUCGGAGAAAGGCCCAGGUUUCGCAGCUCGAGGCCGAGCUGGAAGCACUCAAGAACAAGCCGUACGCGUGUUGUCGCAAGUUGCUUCAGCGGAACCUGGAACUAGAGUGCGAACUGGCCAUGAUGAAAGGGAGCCCGCUUCCAUGCCCGUCGCGCGCCACACCUACAGGCCAUGCAGACGAAGGCACGACAGCCGCCCAGUCACCCGAAAUGCACGGCGUCAACGGCCAGUCCUAUCCCAAUGGCGAGGACUCGGCAAGGACCCUGCUGCUUUCCCCCUCGGGCGGCUGUGACUCGUCUAGCGAGACAACCAGUCCAGUCGCCGUGAUUUACCCCAAGUGCGGCCUGGAGAGCAGAGACGCGCCUCUGCAAGGCCCAAUCGCCGCCGUCUAUGCCGCAGAAAGUGUUGCCAUGGCCAACCCGGCCCUCGUAACCUGCGGACAGGUCUGCCCAACGAUACCAAGUCCUUCCAUACCAGACUUGUGGCCUACGGGGACGACGUACGCAAACGACGGCGGCAUCAUGGACGGCCUAUACCCUGGAGGUUCAGAAUAUCGUGCCAACAGCGAGCACAAUCCCUUCACAUUUUCCGCAAUGAUUCACAUCAGCAACACGCAUACGUCUUGUGUUGGCACAUCGCCUGGUGCGUGCCAACAACAGCAGAGUGCGUUAUAG